AGGUCAAACCUAAACAACACUUUCCAUUGUAUCCAAUUAGGCAGGACCUUGUACUACAUAGCUGAAGGUAAAUCUAAAGGAAAUUGGGCAGAAAAUUGUAUAGUGUAUGGCCAGCCUAUAUUGCCAAAAGUAUUGGCCCCGCCCUCCCAAUCAUGUGAUUCAGGUGCUCCAAUCCCCUCCAUGGACACAGGUGUAUACAAUCAAGGCAUGCAGACUGCUUCUACAAACAUUGGUGAAAGAAUGGGUCGCUCUCAGGAGCUCAGUGACUCCAAGCAUGGUCCCGUGAUAGGUGGUCCACCUGUGCAAUAAGUCCAUCCGUGACAUUUCUGGCUACUAAAUAUUCCACGCUCAACUGUUAGUGGGAUU